AAAUCCAAUCACCAAGCGCCCGAAAACAAUUUUUACCUUAAUAAAAUCGGAUCUAGAAAGAUUUGAACACGGAUAAAACCGGGUAGGGUCAUGUUUCGUUCACUCCCCUACACUACAAAAUGAUUAGUGUAAUAAAGCGGAUGGAUCCAAACAAAAGCCAAGCAGGGGAAUCCGGGACCCAGCUAUUUAAACCCCUCCAAAAUCAAAAUACCCAAAAACACAUCGCACAGCAAAAUUCAUUCUUCCAAGUUCGAUCGCCGGCGGCGAAUCUCCUCUCUGUUUAUUGUUGACGACGCUCUAUCUCAGAUAUUUGAAAGAUGUCCGGUCAAAACCAGCGGUUGAAUGUGGUUCCAACCGUUACAAUGCUGGGAGUCAUGAAAGCUCGGCUUGUGGGUGCUACAAGAGGUCAUGCACUUCUCAAGAAGAAGAGUGAUGCCCUAACUGUACAAUUUCGUCAGAUUCUUAAGAAGAUAGUCUUGACAAAAGAAUCAAUGGGAGAGAUUAUGAAAACCUCUUCGUUUGCUCUAACUGAGGCUAAGUAUGUUGCUGGUGAGAACAUCAAACACAUUGUCCUUGAGAAUGUUCAAAAUGCUUCUCUUAAAGUUCGAUCCCGACAAGAGAAUGUUGCGGGAGUGAAGCUUCCCAAGUUUGAGUAUUUCACAGAAGGUGAGACCAAAAAUGAUCUGACUGGUUUGGCCAGAGGUGGGCAACAGGUCCAACAGUGCCGUGCUGCUUAUGUGAAAGCAAUUGAGGUUCUAGUUGAGCUUGCUUCUCUUCAGACAUCAUUCUUAACACUUGAUGAGGCAAUCAAGACCACAAAUCGUAGAGUUAAUGCUUUAGAGAAUGUUGUGAAGCCAAGGUUGGAGAAUACGAUAAGUUACAUUAAGGGAGAGUUGGAUGAGCUUGAAAGGGAGGAUUUCUUCAGGCUAAAGAAGAUACAAGGUUAUAAAAAGAGGGAGAUAGAGAGACAGGUUGCUGCUGCCAAGCUGUUUGCUGAGGAUAAGUUUGCAGAGAAGGUUUCCUUGCAAAAAGGGGUUUCAAUAAAUUCAGCUCACAAUUUGCUAUCUGCAGCCAUGGAUAAGGAUGAAGAUAUUAUUUUUUAAUGAAGAGGUUAGUCUAUAUGUUCUUUCCUAAGAUUUGUGGGUUUCUAUUGGUGCUUGUUUGAUGGUGGGAGAUUCCUUUUAUUAUUUAGGUGUCGUUCUGAAUAAAUGUUAUAUGUAUGUCUCUAGUUAUUGUGUAUUAUUAUUAAUGAUCAGAUAUUCACUAUUUUUUUUCUUGACAAUAGACAUACACCAUUUCAAGGCUCUAAGGUAUGUUACCUGAAUGGUCUUUUGUCUGACUACCGUAGUAUAUUUUGUGGAAGCUGGCACAGUAUGAAAUAUAUGAUACGUUGCCGUCUUACACAUACUGAGUCUGUAGGACCUACAACUUGGUUUCAAGUUGAUUUCUGAAAAAAAGUUGCUUGAAAAAAAUACAAUGUGCGUGAGCUUUUGCAGCUGGGUGCAUUUUAUGUUUGAUUAAUUUUCAGACAAUCCUUUCUACCUCUCUUGGAUUUUUUUGGUUACUAUAUCUAAAACCAUUAUGCAUUUUUACUUACAUGAGUGGAAAAUUAUAGAUCAUAGACAAAUAGAUUAUCAUCAAGUUUUUAAAGCAAUUAUGUUCUUGUUAUUCUUCAGAAUGGUUGGGAAGUGCUCUGGGUUAACAAAAAAGAUAUAAAAGAGACACCAAGGUCUUCUGCACUCCAUAGGUUACGAUUGUUAAGAUUGACGAGUGGAUGGCCUUUAUUUAUUAGAUAUUAGAAGGCAUAGUAACC